GCCUGCUUUCGAAACAAGAUAUUGCAAAACAUACCUGCAAUGAGUUAGACAAAACAACUCGGAUCAAUGAAAAACACGAGAAUGGAACCUAACAAAAUAUGUUUUAUUGUGCAGUGUUUUUUGUGUGCUCAUUUAUUCGUGUUCUGUGUUUUGAUCAACGGUGAGCAAGUGAUUAACGUCACAAAUGAUACGUGUGGCCAGCACAUCUUCUUACAACCAGAUUAUAAUCUACAGUUUCAUUAUGACGGCAGCCCAAUUUUCAACCCAGACGGCUCCAUAACAAAAUGCGAAUUCAAAAUUAUUAACUCUUUGGAAAAUACAGAGCUGUGUGUAUCAAGCUACGGAGAGCUGAAACAUCAAAUCUGGUGGGAACGCCUGUGCACAUCUAGGUUCCGGUUUCGCUACCAAAGAUAUAGCUCGGUGAUGUGCCAUAGAUUUACGUACUUUAAAGAAUGUAGAAAGGCCGAUGUAGCGUAUGCAGAGUUUAAACACGCCUCCACAUAUAAAAACAAUGACUUCGACGUUGUGGUCUUUGCUGAAUAUAAGGCUCCAACCACAACAUGGCGCAGUUCGUAUGAAGACGACGAUUAUGAUGAUGACGAUGGAAGUAGUUUUUCGAUGACGGGCGUGGCUUUAGGAAUCAUGUCUAUAGUGUUUGCAAUCUGCUUCUGUGUUUGCAAAGUUAGUAGAAAUGAAAAUACGCCAAGUGAUCAAAGAACCCAAAACACGUUAGGUCGAAAUACUGAGGUUGGCGGGCUAUCACAUGAACCUUUGCAAGUAGACGCAUCGGCUUUUCCAAGAUCAGAUUCUCCUCCCCCAUACGGAUCCCUUAUUUUUGAUGGGGUGGACAAACACAGGACCGCGCAAAGGGAUCCAUCCCUUCCCCCAUAUAUAUCCGAUAAAGAUUUCAUUACUAAGUGUCCGUCAUCGCGACCAUUGAUAGCGGAUCUACCUCAAGAGGGAGCAUGUGAUGUUCCCCCUAAUUUGCCACAAGCGCCACCACAAAGUGAAAUUCCAUCACAUAGUGGAUCCAGCAGUGUUCCCUACCAAGCGACAGGAAGCGAAAGCAGACAAACAGAUGGAACAUCAAGACAUUCAACUAGUAGUAACAAUGAAACAACCCCGAAUCCGCCUCAACCUCCAAUAGAGUUGUCAGAGAGACCACCGCCUCCAUCCUACGAAGCUGCCGUCUCUAAUGAAAGCCAAUAUUUGCCAUAUGAAUGAACUAAUUGAAGAUGCAUUUAAAAGUUAUUGGUUUAAACAUAUUUCAUUGAGCAAAAGUUAACAAAAUUUCAAUAUAAGUAAAUAAUUAAAAUCAGGAUUUGAACGGUAGAAAUAAACUAAUAGAGUUCCGGUCCCUGUUAUGAUAAAUAACAAUUUGCAUUAAAGGCAGUUAUUACUAAUGAAGUAAUUAUAAUACAAGCUCAAAUUAAAGUAUGUUUUAAACACAAAUGAUUGGAUGUGAGACUUCAAAUACAAUAACUAUAAUCAAGAAUAAAGUGUUUAUUUAGGAGUUGACUAAACUUAUAUAGAAUAAUAAAAUAUAGUACGAGAAAAAAGGAAUAAGAAAGAUGAAGAGAUGCAAUAUGUAAAAGCUAUGUGAGAUUGGGCGGUAGAAGUCGAUGACUGGUUUUCAAAUAUUUUUGAAAUGUAAAUUAAACGAUGAACUGCGUCGAACAGAGUGCUAUUGUUCUCUUUAAUGACAGGGUGACAUCACCAUAUAAUAACAAACGGAGUAUUGCCUCAGUCAGAGAUUGGACAGUAGUGAGCAUAUGUUUCCUUUGUUCAAAGGGAUGACAAAUGAAGAGAAAAUGUUAUGACGUCUGUGUACUUGCACAUCUACAAAAUGGUGAGAGAAUAAUAUGGUUAACAUAGAGGUGGUGAUUCAGGGACCUACAAUCUUUGUGGAGGCGAGUGUACGUGACCUAUAGCCGACGUUUCCCAAAAUAAAACAUUGUGUUUUGUUGGCGUAUCCAAAUAGAGGUAUAAUUUAAAACCAGCAAUAUUGUUAACAGUCUUUGCUAUAGCUGGGAGACGAUUCCAUUCAGAUAUUGUAGAAGGAAGGAAUAAAUUCCUAUAUAAAGAUGUGCGGGUUCGGAAACUGGAUAUAGUGGAUGAAUUUCUAAGUGAUCUUGUUGGAGGUUGCCCUACUGUCUGAGGAACUAAAAUGUAUAGUAUAACCAUUUUUCAUUUUAAAGAAGAGAGGAAGUUUGUGUUUCUCUCGUAUUAGUAUUCAAAGUCUCCUAAUCAGAUUCGAUUUGGAGCAAGCGCAGAGAAACCAGACGAGUACAACCAGUAGCUAUUAGCGCACAUUCCUUUUUUGUCCAGUUCAUCUUUUUUUAUAGUAUGUACAAUGACCUCAGAUAGCAUCUGCAUACUCCAAGAUUGGCCUUAAAACGAGAGAAAAAAUACUUCCACAGACCGUCUACUGAGAUCAAGUCGAUAAGGAAGACGAUUCUUAAUAUUAACUCUGGACCAGGCUUUAUCUUUGAUGAGGUUAAUAUGAGCAUGCCAACUGCAAUCAUCAAAGAGAGAAAUGCCUAGAUGUUUGUGAGGUUCAACAGAAGGUAUAGCUGUGUCGAACAUAUAUAUUCACCGGUGGAUGAAUGGGUUCAUUUCUUUACCGAGCUAUGACGAAAGAUUCCGAUUAUGUAGGAUUGAACUUUACAAGCCAUCUGUCAGCCCAGAGAGAUAUUUUCUUUUUGUAUGUUUGUAGUUUUAUGCAGUCUGAGGGGAGUCGACAAAAGCAAAGAGACUCGUGUCAUCUGCAAAACAGGUUUAUAUGUGAAUCAACCUCCUUAACAAUAUUGUUAAUAUUACCAGUCUAAACUUUCCAUACAGUUUAAACAGUUCUUAUGGGAAUGUUAGUAAUGUGUGAGUAUGUUUACAUCUUUAUAAUGCACCAUUUCAGUCAUAAUAAAAUUGUAUGUCCAUAUAUGUCGAAUAAACUUUAUCCAA